AUGGAUGUCCAGGACACCCAGCGCCUCCUUUCCGAGUACCUCCAUGAGCUCGCCAACCUCUUCCAUCGCGUCCCGGGCUCUGCCAUCUUCUUGCGUUAUGUGAAAUCCAGCUACCAGAAUGACCCAAUUCGCUCCGCUGUUGAGCUGUUCCUGUUCUUAUUCGCCGUUCGCUACCUUCUUGCCCCAAAGUAUUCCACCAAGCCCGGCGUUGUUCAACUCUCCGAGGAUGAAAUUGAUGAUUUGGUCGAUGAGUGGACGCCGGAACCGCUUGUCGGGAAACCCACCGCUUUGGAAGAGAUGGAGAUUGAGAAGCGGACGGUCAUUGUAGGGCCUGUCGGUCCCAAGUCGAAACUGUCCAAUGGUCGAACGGUGAUGAAUCUCGGCUCCUAUAACUUCUACAACUUCAACACGAACGAGUCUAUCAAGGAAAAGGCAAUCCAGACCCUCCGCAACUACGGAGUCGGACCCUGCGGACCGCGAGGCUUUUACGGUACCCAAGAUGUCCACAUGAAGACAGAAGCGGACGUUGCGUCCUUCCUCGGCACCGCGUCCUGCAUUAUCUACUCCCAGGCGUUCUCAACGAUUUCUAGCGUGAUUCCGGCGUUUUCCAAGCGAGGCGACAUUAUAGUUGCGGAUAAAGGCGUGAACUUUGCUAUCCGGAAGGGCAUUCAGAUCUCUCGGAGUAUGGUUCGUUGGUAUGAACAUAAUGAUAUGGAUGAUUUGGAAAGGGUUCUGGCCAAGGUUACCAAGGAGCAAGCGAGGAAGCCGCUUACCCGACGAUUCAUCAUUACUGAAGGGUUGUUCGAGUCGUAUGGUGACAUGCUUGACCUUCCUAGAAUUAUCGAACUGAAACUCAAGUACAAGUUCCGACUGAUCCUGGAUGAGUCGUGGUCAUUUGGUGUUUUGGGAAGAACCGGCCGUGGUAUCACCGAACAUCAGAAUGUUGAUGCGGCUGAAGUUGAUAUGAUUGUGGGCUCGCUGGCCGGCCCGCUCGUCGCAGGUGGUGGUUUCUGUGCUGGCUCAGAAGAGAUUGUUCACCACCAGCGUAUCUCAGCCGCUGCAUACACGUUCUCCGCCGCAUUGCCUGCUCUUCUGUCUACCACUGCAAGCGCGACAAUCAAUGUCCUUCAAAACAGUCCCGAGACGAUCACUCAACUGCGGGACCUUACCAAGGUUAUGUGGUCGCAACUCGAUCCUCGCAGCGACUGGGUGUAUUGCACUAGUGCACCUGAGAACCCAAUCAUGAUCCUCGUCCUUAAGCCCGAAGUGAUUGCGGCAAAAAGGCUCUCUCCUGAAGAUCAACAAUUUGUCCUGCAGGAUGUGGUGGACGAGUGCCUCGCCAAUGGCGUCUUGAUCACCCGUCUCAAAUGCUUGGACGACAACUUUGAGCCCAAGCAAAAGGUUCCCGCGGCGCUCAAAGUAUGCGUCACAAUCGGAUUAACGAAAAAGGAAAUCGAGAAAUCAGGAACUAUCAUCCGCCAUGCGAUCACCAAAGUUCUUAGCAGGAGAAAGUAA